CAGUUGUUUGGGACCCCUCCCCUCCUUCACAGCAGGAAUAUUCUCCAAAAGAAGCAGAAAGUUGUCAGCAGCGCAGAGAAAACAUCCAUCCAGACCAUGAGCAGUCCACUGGAGAAGGUGGUGGCCCAGCAUAAGCAGUCCAUCGAGGCCGCCAUGGACAUGUUGGAGAGGGGCGCCGAAGUGUUGGCCAGCGCCGUGGGUGAGCUCUUCCCCCUCUGCGAGGCCGCCGCCCCCAUUCUGCGUCUGGCCUUGGACCAGACGCAGAGCAAGGAGGUGUUCUACGUGAAAGAGCAGUUCCUGACGGUGAGAAACAGCCUGGACGUGCUCUCCAGCCAGCUGGAGGACAUCGACUGCGAGAUCAGGAAAGGACGGCUGGACUCGCAGUAUUUCAGCGUGGAGGAGAACAUCAGGAACCAGUUCCGGAAGUACAUGGACAUCCUGGAGGCCAAGGAGCAGUUCCGGGAGGUGAAGACCAAACUUUUCCUGGAGCAUUUUUCCAGAAGCGGAGGGGAGAAGAAUGUGUUUGUGCUCUACGAUGCUCUGAUGGGGAACAGCAGCUUUGCAGAGACCAUCUUGGAGGUGGUGGAAAGGUAUGUGUCGAGGAACCGUCGCCUUCUGGAGGACUUCUGCGUCCGGCUGAAGGAGCUCCUCUGCUUGGGCCUGAUAGCUCUGCUGGGCCACUCUGCCCUGACCUGCAACCAGGAGGAAGAAGAGGACAAGAUCCGGGAGUGGAGCCGCAAGAUGGGCGAAAUGGAGUCCCGCAUGAAGAGAACCAUCCAGUCCUGCAUUGCCGCCUUCCCCGAGCAGGCCAAACUGGACGCUCAGCAACUCCUGCAGGAGAAGCAAGCGGAGGGCCUCCAAGAAACCACCCAGCAGCUCCUCGACUUCCUGGUCAAGAAGUUCGACUGGGUCAGCUGGUCGGUGCGCCUCAUCAACCACUCGGGGAGCACCUACCGGAACUGGCGGGCCGGCGAGCACUUUCACCACGUGGCGGGACACAACUGGUUCGAGGUGCUGCAGGUGAACAACAUCAACCUGGUGGUGUCCUUCAGCACCGGGCCGCAGCCGGUGCCGCGGGACUCGGUCCUUCAGCUGAUGGAGGGCCAGGCUCGGAAGGGCAACGCCCCUGCCGUGGUCGACGUCCUGGAGAAGCAGCUGAGCGGCUUCGUGGUGCACGCCGUCAGUCGCCACAAGGAGUCGGCGGCGGCGUGGAGCUUCCCUGAAGACUGCCACUACUGGGAGAGGCACAAGAACGUGGUCGUGUGCGUCCACUCCGACUAAACCCUCACGGAAUACUGCAAACCAUCUAGAUUGAACCCCCUGUUUUCCAAAGUAAAUAGCUUAUUAAUAGGCUAGAAUUGAAGUUUAAUUAGUAUUCAUUAUUUGAUUACAAUAUACUUAUUUUACAUUUAAUGAUCAAAAAUUACAAUUUUAAACGAUCUUGACGACUCCUCCUAAAGGACUGACCCUGUUGCUUUCAGACUUCUGCCCUCCUGUUGACACCCGACUUCUUCCCUUUGUAGCCCAAAAGUUGAAUUACACGUGUUCCUAUUUCAUCGGCCCAUCUACGUCCCCCAACAAUUUGGUGACAUUAACCCUUCCUGGUCUAACCAUGAAAAAUAGGCCCUUGGGCACGGGCUGACUUGUUUUGGUAUUGUGGAGAACACAGAUUGUACAUUAGAGUCAGCUUUGUGCUCUGAUUAGACCCCACUGACCCUAGUGGGCACCAAACUCUUGUAUCUAUAUUGUAUCCCGGACAAGCCCCCAAAUUAACAUGAUUAUGGAUUAAGAAAAACCACUUAAAAAUAUCUCAUUCCCACAUUAUGAACCCAGAAACCAAAAUGAUUACCAUGCAAAAAACAAAACAAAAAAACAGGCUUUGCUACUAUUUCUGGGGCUGAGGUUGCUGAGGUAGUUAAAAAGCUCCUCGGUGGCAAGGCCCCGGGGGUGGAUGAGAUCCGCCCGGAGUUCCUUAAGGCUCUGGAUGCUGUGGGGCUGUCUUGGUUGACAAGACUCUGCAGCAUCGCGUGGACA